AUGGACGGUCACCAAUUCAGAGACUUGCCGCAGAUAGAGGCUAUGGACGACUCCCGCUAUCCCAUCUGGGCAACAGAGCACAUGAACUAUAUACCCUGCAAGGAGCGUAUAGUCCAUUUCCAUACGGAAGACAACACCUAUUUGGAUGACUAUGAAAACGGUGUUAUCAGCAUGCAACCCAUGCAGCGGUUCAUGGUCGAUCAAAAUCCGCUCACGCCAGGCAUGCUUUACGCAAAGAUACCUUUCCUGGACGGCCGAUACGAGAAGCCCUAUAAGCAACAGUGGCCUCCGGCAGAUUUCUUUCGCAAUGCGUCACCGGAUCGUACUUCCUCUGGAAACACUAGUCAAAACACCCAAGACGAGCUCAGGUCACCACACAUGUGUCACAGCAACCAAUACGGAAGCCCGAUGGAAUACUCUCAACUAUCACUGUCAUACCCAUCAGUCGAAUAUCUUCAAGGAGGUGCAUACCCAUGCGAGUCUCAUGUUGUAGAGCGCAGCAACAUCAGUCUUCGUGAGCUUGAGUAUGACCCUGCACUCCCUGAGACAGUGGUAGAAGAUGUUGAGGACAGUACUAUGAAACAAGAGACUACCUGCGACCACCAGCAUGCUGCCGUCAAGGAAGAGGCUACUCCGGAUUACAGGACGUACGCAGACUCCGGAAUCGGACACUCUGUACGAGAUGCACAAUCAGUGGAGCCCGUCGACUUUCCUGAGGAGCCCGCGUCCGACUCCGACUACAGCCCGUCUUCCAGCCGUAAGCGCAGACGGUCUACUACAUCCAACAGUAGCACAGGUCGAACACUGAAGCGACGUAAACCCAUCCGCAAAGACUCUCUCGUCCCAAGUCCUACAGAAUCUAUCAAGUCGGAGAGGAGCUGUCGUCGGGCCUCUAAGACUUCAAAGACUAGCACUGAACCAAGCUUUCAGGCCGAGGAUCGCCGCGCAUUUCCCUGUCCGCUCGCUGGGUAUGGUUGCUCGUCUAACUUCUCUUCUAAGAACGAGUGGAAGAGGCACGUCAGCACCCAACAUAUCAAGCUCGGCUACUGGCGCUGUGAUUUAUGUCCGCCAUCAGCCGAUUCCAACGAUGCACGCACCCUGUACUACAACGAAUUCAACCGUAAAGACCUUUUCACACAACAUCUUCGCCGUAUGCACGCUGCUCCGAAGGACAAGUCUUGCCGUACUCAGAAAGACUACCCCGUCUCCGAAGAGAGCCUUCCCAAACAUCAGGCUCGCUGCAACCUACGAUUACGAGACCCACCGCAGCACUCGACUUGUCUGUUCUGCGAGCGAACAUUUGCUGGUGCUACAUCUUGGGAGGAACGCAUGGAGCACGUUGGACGCCAUCUUGAAAAGGACGGUGGCCGCUUGGAGAUGCUCGACCCAGCUACAUGGAAUGUUGACGACAGGCUUGAGCGUUACCUCAUGGAAGAAGGCCUUGUUGUAAGAGAUGGUGCAGUAUGGAAGAUUGGUGACGGCAAGCCGCGCAGAAGUGCAGCAGCAGACAGUGAUGCGGACUCCGAAGAGGACUGA